GUGAUGGACCUCGUCAAGUGUCUGCUCCUCGUAAUAAUUCUCAACUAUGUCUCAACCGAGCCAUCGCAUUCAGACAAGCAUGAAGAUGCGUUUCACAGUAUUUUGGAAACACUGAAGUUAAACAACACGUUAUUGCGACUACAAGAUGUGAACGUUAUUCUAACGAAACUUGGACUAAUACAUGAUUGCUCAAACGCUACCAAACACAAGGUACAAAUGGUAACAUGUAGUGCAUAGCAAAUCUUUAACUUUGUGCGCAUUAAAAGUGUGUAAGUCCUGUAAUAAAUUGCAAAUAAAAUGACAUGGCAUGGCAUCACUACAAUAGUCUUUCAAUAAAUGUGUUGAUAUCGGAAUAUAUUGGCGCAGCCAUCACGAUAUGUUAGCUCUGAGAUAAGAGUUUCGUGAUUGUGUAACUCUCAGGUAUUAAAAUCUCAUAUCUCACUUAAUUCUUGCUCAGUAUUAAACGUUAUUAAUACAUUUAUGUAUACAGUAUAUUACAACAUAUAUAUUACAACAAAAGUUUGUCAAUGUAGCAAACAUUAAUAUAUGAGAACAACAUAACCUUUUGACUGUUCCACUGAGCUGGCAAGCCGCUGGCAUAACACUGAUGUAAAUUAAUUCGAUAAUCCUUUAUCAAUAUCAGCGGACUCAGUAAUAACUUUAUAUAAACAGUUGCAAAGCGUGUCAAGGAUGUAUUGUACAAUCCGCAUUGCCAUUGGUAACGUGUUGUGUUAAAUCAUUUCUAAACUAGAAUGAUACAUCAACAAACGGUCACGAGUGUUGUUUCAGUUGCUUAAACUACUUGCAUGUAUACAUCUAUAUCAAGCAUUUGACUUCACGAAAAACCCCAUGACUGCAUGAGUGGCCUCUAAAUUUAUUAAAAUUAAUUUUUUGUUCGUAAAUUCAUCUACUAAAAAAACCAUCUGGUUUUUCACCAAAACUAUACCAUCGUUGUAUUUAUGCCUAUGUACACCUAAAAGCAAUUUAUUGAUCGAUAACUUUGCCAAAUAAGUAAAGGUUGUGUCGCAUGAGAAGUUAUAUUUAUCGUUCAGCAAACACACAAACAACUUAUGUCAUCCUUUAGUGUGUCACAGCUGAGUCACUGUUCAAGAUCUUCAAUAUUUCAACAACAUCAUCAGUCAAUGAAGAGGAGUUUUCAAAAUUUGCUCCGAUAAUAGUUUAUGCACUUCUACCAAAUGAACAACAUUCGCAGGACCAUACCGAGGAUGGUGAUCAUGACGAGCAUGAUGAUGAUGAUCAUGAUCAAGAUCAUGAUGGAGAUCUUGAUGAUGAUGAAAACGAUGGUGAUCAUGACAAGCAUGAUGAUGAUCAUGAUGAUCAUGAUAACGAAAAACAAAUUACCCAAAAUGUGGAUGUUUAUAAAGAGUUUUUGGAAAGAUACGAGACAGGUAAACAUCAGCUGCCAGUCGCAGCUAAAUCUGCAACCUCGAUAUAUAAACUAUGUUCACUUGAUAUAUAUGUGACUUACAUGUCAUUAGUAACAUUUGUAGCUAUAGUUAUUUUUUCUCAAUAUCUUACUAUAUUAACUUUUACAUAUAAUAGGUGAAUUAUUGGCUCAACUAUAUAUAGGUGAAUGGGAAACCACACACUGCGUAUGAUGUUAAACAAAUUAUUAUAUAUUAUAGGAGUUUUGUGUGAACAGAUUUUUGACCAGUUAUUGAAAGAUAUCAAUAGCACCACUGGGCAACUACUUCGUGCAGGGAAUGAG